AUGGCACCGCCUGGCGCCGCCGCCGCCGCUCAGCUCCUAAUCAUCGACCUCUGCGACCCCGAGGCCGGAUCAAAGGACCACAGUCCGCCGUCAGCCAGCUGCGCGUUGUGCGGCUCGGCGAUCGGCGGGUGCGGGUGGCUGGGAGAUUGGCACGCCCUCGGCCUCUCGGCGCGUGUGGGGCACCUCGACUCGGACGGGCCCGUCGUGCGGCAUCACAGCACGGCGGUGCACGACUACUGCCUCGGCAUCGUGCAGGAGAUCGCCGGCGCCGAGAGGCGGGUGGUGCUGCUCGCAUUGGCCAUCCCCCUGUGGGCGGCACGACGGCCUCUCCCUGUGAUCAGCGUCGCCGACGCUCGCCACCUCGCCGACCCGCGCGAGCCGGGCCAGCCGACGCCACUACCAGCCCCUGCGAUCGUCGCCCGCGCGGCUCAGCACGGCUUCGCUGGCCUCCCCGAACCGGUCCUCCACCGCAUCGUGCACUUCCUCGUCGCGGCGGGCACGCUUGCGGACCUCCAAGCGAUGCAAGGCACCUGCUCUGCGCUGCGCGCGCUCCCGCUCGGCGGUGGCGUGUGCACUGCUGCCGGCCUCGGCGCCGCCAUGGCCUUCAGCGACCGCCUCGCGCGGACCUGGGGUUGGGCAAGCCCCGCGUUCGACGGCGAGCUCGUGCGGCCACUGGCCGAAGCUUUCGCUCGCGGCAGGACUGACGCCGCGGCUCGGGACACGCUGCGCUGGUGGCUUUGUUCGCCUGGUUGGCGGGCACGGCGACGCGUGUGGGCUGCCGUUGUCGCCUGUGCCGCGGCGGCACGCGACACGCCAUGGUAG